AAUUCCGUAUUUACGAUAUUCGCUUACUCUGUCUCCUCUGGUUCUUCUUCUUCCAUUGUCAGUUUCUUCAGCCGUAGCCAUAGCUUCCUUCUUGGUUCCUAGUCUUUGCUCUAUCUGCUCGGAUUUAUUCCUGAUUCUUCUCACUGAGAGUACAUCAGUUACUGCAAGUACAACCAUGGUUCUUUUCCCUCUCUAGUGUUGAACUCUUGUUAGCGAGAGAAACUCUGUCUGCCUUAGCCUCCGCACCGCUCACGUAGGAAAUGGAGACUCUCUCCUUUGUUUCCAAAGCGAGGACUGCGCUUCAUUCUGCGGCUGCGAAAGCGGAACGUGUCCUAUCGGACUUGAAAUCUGAUCGAGAUCCUGAUAAACAACCGCCCAACAAUUUGACAAGGGAAGAAAAAGACGAAUCUCCUCGGAAUGAGGGCGAGUCAAAGCUGCGCAGCGAUUUGAAAAAGUGGAGACCUCCUCACAUAAGUAUAAAGCAGGAUUGGCAAGAUAAAAUAAAGAACAUCCGGAUAGGGAGAAAGGAGGCUGAAGAUACAGAUAAAGUUGGAGAUACAACAAUGACUUUUCCAUUUUAUGAUGAAAAUCUAUACAUCCUGAAUAUGAAAAAUGAUAUUGAGAACAAGGCUUCUGAAGCAACACCAACCAUUGAAUGCUUGAUUGCUGCAACAAAAGACCCCAUUCCUCCAUCAUCUGUGUUGAGGCAGUUGGCAGUAGCUGUGGAGGAUGGGAGGAGAUCAAGGUCAGUUAAAGAUUUUACAGUUUCAUCUGCAAAUUCUUCUCCCGCCGGAGACAAGGGGGGCUUAAGUCUCCAAGUAGUGAAGGCUUUAGUGCUGGGUGAAAAGGAGGACAAACUUCCCGCUGACUUUAGUAAAGAUGAAAAAAUUGGUUUUCUGAUUAAUUCUCUGUUUGAUCGAGAGGGAGAAUUCCUCAAAAGGAAGAUCAGCUCUAGUUCAGAGGAAAAUUCCAUAGCAUCUUUGGCAAGAGAUAUUCAUGGUGCCCCUCCUGAAAGCAUUGUUGUUAAGCUAGCUGAAAUCAUUGGAAACUUCAGAAGCCUUCGAAAAAUGGCUUUGUUUUGGUGCACGGUUGUUGUUGAACUGAAAAAACUUUGGUCUGAGGAACAACAUAUACCUGGAGUGCCCCUGGAUGAGAUUCCAGACCUUAAGUCGUGUCUUCUAUAUCAACAAUUUCAAGUAAUUAAUUGUUGUAUCUCUCGGAAAAGGCGCCGUUUUACUGCCACUGAAUCUCUAGACUCUUUGAUGGAAGGCAGUUCAGUUACUAAAGAAUCAAUGCGUGAUCACAUUCCUAAAGCCCCUGUUUUAUAUGCUAGAUUAAAUACAGGGGAGCUUGUUCUUCGACUGGGUGCUGAUCGCCCAUCAGGGGAUCUGACAUUGCUAGAAACUGGCGAGCCUGUGUACUCUCCAGUUAUGCAGGAAGGGCCUUUGCUUACAGAAGAUCUAAUCAAAGAAACAGAGGAGUUUGUGCUGCGGACUGGGAGUGUUGGUGCUGGGUGCUCUCAACUUCUGUCAGAUAUGCAGGCUUUCAAGGCUGCCAACCCUGGUUGUAUUUUGGAAGAUUUUGUGAGAUGGCACUCUCCUCCUGACUGGUCAGAAUGUGAACAAGAUGCUGAGGCUAAAGAUUCUUCUGAUGGUGGUGAUUCUGCUGAGUCAUUGUCCACCAGAGGUCAGCUAAGUCAGAGAAUGCAAAAAGAAGGUAAUUUAUGGCGUGAACUGUGGGCAACAUCUAAACCUGUACCAGCUGUUAAACAGACACCUCUUUUUGAUGAGGAUUUGGCAGUGGAGGGCAUCCUACGUGCUUUUGAGGACAUCCAGCCUUCUGAACUUUUUAGACAAUUGUUUGUUUCUCUGCUUGGUUUAGGAGUUGCAAUUGCUGAGCCUUUGCUGUCUGGUAGCAGUGAUUUCUCAAAGCUUUUCUGCGACUGCAAGGAGUACGUAGUUGUCACCUGUCAAAGUGGCAGUUGGAUGGAGAGAAUUGAUGAACUUUGCCAGGUGUAUCAAACGGUGGAAACAAUGUUAACAAAUCCUGAGGAAGCACUAAUGAUGAUCAAGGAGGCAGACGAGUCAGCUAAAACUAGUGGCGAACUCAAGCGCCGGUUUAAGAGGCUAAGCUUUAUCUUUAGUGGCAAAGAUAAACCUUGGAGAAAACCUGCAUCUGAAGACUCGGUAGGCUCUGAAGACAACCCGAUUCGGCAAUCCUUUUCAAGUUUCUUUGACGGCAAGUCAUCUGUAUUUUUGAAGAAAUCUUUCAAAUUUAAUGACAUUUCGCCAAGAGGGAAAUCUCCCAGUCCAGAUAAUAAUCAGACAGUCGUUUCGGCAAAGCUCUCUUGAGCUUUCUUCAUUUCAUUGAGGAUAAGCAAGAACAACAUGCUUUUCCUCUCAAUUUUCUUUAUUACCUCUUCCCGCGGGUAACUGUAAAUUUCUUUAUUCUUUUUGUCCAAAAUCUUGAUUGCUGAGUUUCAUAGUGUAUUAAUACUCAUUUAGUCACAAAAUGAAAUCAAAAUUUAGCCUUUGCUCCUUCA